AGUGCUUUCCGAGAGACAGUAGCUGAGUAGCGACAACAUCCAAACUUGGCCAUCUGAAAAUGUCACGCUCAUCCGAAAUCGCCAAAGCAUGCAGGAAUUUAAAAUUCAUUGUGGUUGAUGAUCGGUGGGAGAGAUUUGCCGUCAAAAGGAAGUUGAGACGAUUGUCUCAGGAUCUCCGUAGGUCCUUGAGAUGGAAGAAAGGUCAGGUGACCAAGUUGUGCGUGAGUUUGGGUUUAAGCGUAUCGGACAGCGAUGCAUGCAUAUGGGAAAAGGAGAAGAAGCUGAGGAAUAUCGCAGGUGUGUGGCAACGAAAGAUGGUUGAAAUCAAGUGGAGGGGAAAACAUGAGGCAAAGAAGCUUGGUCUAGGGUUUGCUGUAGUUGACGAUGUUCAAUCUGUAGCAGAUGUAAUGAUCAGCGCGGGGCUUGAUGUGAAUCACAGAGUCGUGGAUGUGUGCGAGGGACUGUCUAUCGUGUAUAUCGAUUUAGAAACUGAAAGUGAAUGGAAGGUCUUGUCAGAAUUGGUUUCCAACAUGUAA